AUCUUGAUUCCUUUCAGACUAUGAGAAGACAAAGAAAUGAAGUGGUUGUGGAGUUGAGAAAGAACAAAAGAGAUGAGCAUCUUCUAAAGAGGAGGAAUGUACCCCAAGAAGAUAUCUGUGAAGAUUCUGAUAUAGAUGGUGACUUUAGAGUGCAAAAUACUUCCUUGGAGGCAAUAGUACAGAAUGCUUCAAGUGACAACCAGGGUAUACAGCUAAGUGCUGUGCAGGCUGCAAGAAAACUGCUUUCCAGUGAUCGCAAUCCACCCAUCGAUGAUUUAAUAAAAUCAGGAAUAUUACCUAUUUUAGUGCACUGUCUUGAAAGAGAUGACAAUCCUUCUUUACAAUUUGAAGCUGCGUGGGCUUUGACAAACAUUGCAUCUGGAACCUCUGAACAAACACAGGCUGUAGUUCAAUCUAGCACGUCGCUGAAGGACCUGCCCAUGAAGUCUCCUGCCAGAAGUUCUACCUCUUCUCUGGCAAGCAGCAUCACUUGAAGCGUACACCUGCUUUUGUUCUUC